CCGCGCCCGCCCCCCAAGAUGCGAUGGGGGGCCCUCCUGCUGCUCGCCCUGCUGCGCGAGGCCGCGGGGGAGGCUCGCGGCAGGCUGGAGGCAGGACACCUCCACGGCCGCUCCUUGGAGCCGGGAGCAGGGACAAAGCUUCUGGGCUGGAGGCGGAAAACUCGGGAGAGUUUGCUGGAGACUGACGGGACCCGCAUCAGCCAGGACCUGGUAGGAGGCAGCUUGGCCAUUGACACCCUGCCAGAUAAUGAGACGCAGAUUGUGGAAGACAACCAUAGCUACUACGUGUCACGGUUCUACGGGCCAGGCGAGGCGCGCACCAAAGAGCUCUGGGUCGACGUGGCAGAAGCCAGCAGGAGCCAAGUGAAAGUCCACGGGAUCCUGUCCAACAUGCACAGGCAGGCCUCGAGAGUCAUCCUGUCCUUCGACUUCCCCUUCUAUGGCCAUCACCUGCGGCAGAUCACCAUAGCAACAGGAGGUUUCAUCUUCAUGGGGGAUGUCAUUCACCGCAUGCUCACGGCCACCCAAUACAUUGCGCCCCUGAUGGCCAACUUCAACCCCAGCUACUCCCGCAACUCCACCAUCAAGUACUUCGACAAUGGGACGGUGUUUGUGGUGCAGUGGGACAAGGUCUAUCUUCAUGGGAAGGAGGACGUUGGCAGCUUCACGUUCCAGGCUGCUCUGCACAGCGAAGGGAGAAUCGUCUUUGGGUACAAGGAGAUCCCCAUGUCGGUCCUGGAGAUCAGCGCCACGCAGCACCCCGUCAAAGCCGGCCUGUCCGAUGCCUUCAUGCUCCUCAACCCUUCCCCUGACGUUCCUGAGUCUCGCCGCAGGGCGAUCUACGAGUACCACCGAGUGGAGCUGGACACCAGCAAGGUCACUAGCGUAUCGGCAGUGGAGUUCACCCCACUUCCCACCUGUCUUCAGCAUCAGAGCUGUGACGUGUGCGUGACCUCGGAGCUGACUUUCAACUGCAGCUGGUGUCAUGUCCUGCAGAGAUGCUCCAGUGGGUUUGACCGAUACCGUGAGGAGUGGCUAUCACAUGGCUGUGGCCAAGAGUCGGACGAGAGGACCUGUGAGGAUUGGGCAGAGAGCAACCACUACUCACCGUCCCCAUACAGCCCCUUCACGUCAUUUGAUGAAGAUGUCACUACCUCCUCUCUUUUAAUUGGCAGCCUCACCACGGAAGAUGACACAAAGCUGAAUCAGUAUGCAGGAGGGGAUGGAGUGAGAAAUGACCUUCCCAUGAAGACAGGCGGGACUCCGAUUCACACCGGGACCAUCGUGGGGAUAGUCCUGGCUGUUCUGCUCAUUGCAGCCAUUAUUCUUGCGGUAAUUUACAUCAGCAGCCACCCCACCUCCAACGCUGCCUUGUUCUUCAUUGAGCGGAGACCACACCACUGGCCAGCCAUGAAGUUCCGAAACCACACCAACCACACAACAUACUCUGAGGUGGAACCUGCUGGCCAUGAGAAGGAGGGCUUUGUGGAAGCAGAACAGUGCUGAGCACAUUUCUUUUCCUUCCCCAUCCCCACAACCUCCCUUGUCUUCAGGGUUUUGAUAAGUUUUAACCUAAAAUUGUCAAGCCUUGUCUCUGACUUUACAAUACUUCAUUUGAGGAGAGAGGAUCUGCUGUCUCACCAUACGGAGAUCAUUCUCUACGGUCAGCUGAGAGACAGUGCAAUGUGCUAGCACCUGAUGGCCUCCUCUUCCGCUCUCUCUCCCUAGAAGGGGACUGGAGUGCAAUUCUCCAUUAUUCACCCCUUCACCUAGCUAUUGUGGGAUCCUGUGUCAAUGUUCUGAGAGAGCAGAGAAGCAGUAUAAUGUGCCAGUACCAGCUGCCUCCUCCUUUAUCCCCUAGAGACAGAUGUCAGCAGACUCUGUACUUUCUAAGCCAACAUCACCUAGUUGUUGUGGUUGGAUCUAAAGUCACAAGUGGACCACAGAGGGGCUAAAGAAGGAAAUCACCAACACAGAGAAAACAGUGUGCUGUGGAAUCCUGAUGAUUUGAACUCCUGUUAUCAGAACCUCCCUUUCUAUAUCUGCCUGAGGCUGAAUCCUUGUCUAUUGACUGCCAAUUACCUGAACUCCAAUUUAUUCCAGCAUAUUUGGUAUCACCCAGGCAGUUCAGCUAGCUAAGAUUUUUCUGGACAACUCAGAAUUAACCCUUGAAGUGUUAAAACAAUGCAAGUUCCCAGGGGCAUGUGCUUCCCUGCAUUUCUUUGGAACCUUGGGCUUCUCUACACUACAUGUUAUGUUGGUAUAACUUACAUCACUCAGGGGUGUGAAUAACCCCCCUCCCCGUGAGGGACAUAAGUUGGUGUGGACAGCGCUGUUGUCAGUGGGAGAAGCCAACAUAGCUAAUGCCUCUUGCGGAGGUAUUUUUAUUAUGCCGGAGAGAUAGCUCUCUCCCAUUGGCAUAGAGAGUCUUCACCAGAUGUGUUACAGUGGCACAGCUGCAUCAGCUAGCCUUUAGUGUCAGGUGAGGCCAUUUGGCCCGAGUCCAUGUAAAAGCCCAUGCUUCAUGUGCCCAUAAGGCACAGAAAGGAGUUAGUCAGUAGCGUUAAUUUCAGAAUUAAAUGCUUAUUGGUAAAAUAUAGGAGCAUGAGUGUGCAAUGGAAGAAAACAAAGGAUCCCAGGCAUUCUUUGGUAGUGAGGUCUGGCUCUGGGAGCUCUAAGACCACUUUGGGUCAGUGGAAUCAAUAAGGAUCAACCUUUCAGCAUGCAGGGUCUCUAGUUUUCAUUGCAUGUGGCUUCACAGUGGAACAGCUCUGUAUCCUACUCUACAGAGCAGUGGUGGUGAUGAUGUUAAAGGGAGGAAGGAGAAAUAAAUGUGAAGAAUUCUCACUGCCAACCUACAAGUUCUGCACCAUCGUUCAAAGAAAUAGAGCUGGGACCAAGUAGAAGGCCAUCUACGUAACUCAGCUGAUUUGAAGAUGCAGGCUAAUCCUGCCAUUCUCAUGUGCAAAGUUAUAGGAAGGAAUGCCAGCUGUGUGCCUAGAAGCACCUGGGUGAAGAAGGUCUUUAUAUCACCUGGCUUCUAUAGCCAUGUCCUGAAGUUUCAGUUUUGAUCAGGGGUGAACACUUUGGCUGGGCUUCCUCAGAAGCAAAUUGUAUAAUGUACAUGUGUUUAUUGACCUGUGUACGGUAUUUUGUAGCUAUAAAAUGGGCUAGGGCUGCUAGCUGUGCUCAGUCGAUUGCUCUGCUGGUUACAGCAAGAUACAAAAUACAGCCAACCACUUAUGCCAUUCCCAAUGUGUCUUUUUAAGGACAGCACCCUUGCAGUUUGUUGCAACUGUUGAUCAUGUUGUUAGAGUGUAUCGGUGCUGCUUGUACUGAAAUGGAGAACAACAUCAGGGCAUAUAUUAAUUGACCACUUCUCUGUGUGUUCAGCAGUUGGGAAAAUAUACAAUAGGCUUUAUUAAAGACAAACAAAACAAGGGCUUGUUUCUGCUCCUGCUGAAAUCAGUGGCCAAACCCCCUUUUAUUUCAAUGGGAGCAGGACCUGGUUCCUAAAUAUUUUCUCUCUUAGUAACUAACUGCCUACUUUUCACAUACUUGAAUUUACAGCACAAUUGGACUAUUUGUGGGGACUAAAGGCACUUUAGCUGUCUUAAUGCAAUGUAUUUACUAUUGAUUAUCUGCAUGGAAUACAAUGUUAAUACUCAACAAAAAAACUUUUUGGACUGCUUUGUUUUCAAAAUAAAAAAGGCAAAAGAUUAUUGGCAAUGUUACGCAAACUUCUAAGCAUAAUGGGAAUAGGAUUUUAUUUAUGUCUUGUGCAUUGUUUAAUGGACACUAUCAGAAUAAUAGACAUAUAAGUAUAUUUUUAAAGAUUUCCUUCUCUGUGUUACUAAUAGCAUAUUAGAUUAUUAAAACAGAAUUUUC